AUGUCGGCGCCCUCGCCCCCUCUGACGUCUUCCGCGAGAGUAAGCCCAACGCAGCCGAGUGGGCAGCCCGUGUCUUUGCCUGUAAGUGAGCCCGCAAAGCAUGCCAGACAUGCUUAUGGCUCUGUGGAACUGUGCUUGCCAACGCCUCGCUACACCGUAGUGGCCUCGCUCAUCUCUAUGGUCUUCAUGACGGCAGGCCUCGUGAUCUUCGCUGUUUCGGAGCAAGGACUGCCAGGCAUCUCCAAAAGCCACGGCCUUGCCGUGGUGUUUCGUGUCCUCGGCUGGACGGUCAUGUACUUCGUGCCUGUGCACCAAAUUGCAAUUGCGAACAUUCGCGGCUUCACAUUAACUGGCAUCCGCCCCGGUGAUACCGCGCUCGUAUGCAGCAGGACGGCGCUGUCGCCGACAAUGACCGCGGAGUUUGCUGCCGAACACGGCCUCAGCAUUCGAAGAGCAUGGUGUGGUGCCGCAGUCAUGAUCGCUCUCUUCUUCUCCCUGUACGCGGGGUUCUUUUCGCUCUACUUGGGCGAGGAGUAUCAGCACCCUGGCUUCGUCUUGGCCUACGGCGUGGGACACAUAAUCGUCAUCGCGGUUGGCGAGGCCGUGGGUCAGAAGUGCCUGAUGCCGCUGGACGAGAGGUAUGCAUCGAAGAUGGGGCCUUGCACUCUGGGGCCAGCCUUGGUAGGGUUUUUCAUCGGAACCUCCGCCUACGGACUGGCCAGACGACACAGUGGACCAUGGCUAGGUGUGCUGAUGCCCUUCAUGCUGAGCGGUUAUGAGCUGCUGUGCUUGCACAUCAUCGCGAGCACCUUCUCAGCCGAGUUCGUGCAGGAGAAAGCUGUCCGCCACAAGUAUUGUCAUGACAACCAGGGAGUCGUGAUUUCCCUCGCCAUUGCUAUGAUCCACGCUUUAGCUGAGGGUGCAAGGCUCACAUUGAUUUUGGUGGACAUUGCUCACGACGAGACACAUCUUGACUUCCUGGUCCCGAUCUGUUCUGGAGUCGUGUGGAAUGCUACGGUCCGUGCGGGAUACCUAGAUCGCUUUGCGGCACUUGCUACAUGCGGGUGGAGAACGCCGACGAACUCAAGCCUGCUCCUACAGAAAGUGAAGUACUGCAUGGGAUACCCCAGGUUCUUUGCUGUGGCGGCCAUAGCCCUGGCGAGGCUAUGCACUCUGAAUGAGGUCCUGCCCAAGAAUCAGGAGAUCAUCGGCUGGGCGCUGCUGGCAAUGUUUGCCGCCGAGAUUCUUGAAGACAUCAUCUCCUUGGCACUCGAAAGACUAGACCUGCGUGUGCAUCCGAAGCCGCGGCAAAUCACUGACGAAGAGGUUGAAAUCAUGGUCGCAAACGGGAUGAAAAGCUCUCACGAGUCAUUGUCCUUGGCAUCAAGCUUCAAGGCGAUUGUUCCCAAAGCUUGGCUUGACGACCAACAAGCGGGCGAUGCGGGCAUGCCCAUCCCAUCCGUUAAAUUGUCGAAGGAACUCAAAAAGAAGUGUUGGAAGCUUCGGGCGGCAUUUGACUUCGCAUAUGGCGACGUGGACAGCUUUGGCCAGCUACCCUUCUGGGCUCAUUUCGCAGCGAUUGCCAUAGCGCAGUUCCACACUGUGCUGUUUAUUAUCAUCUUGUCGAAUGGAUUGAACUACGUUCUGGGCUUCUGCCCCGAGUCAGGUUACAAUGGGAUCGGGCGUGCCUUGGUAUGGUGGCCUGUAACCGACCCAGAGGAUUUGUGCCAUGGAGGCUAG